AUGGGGUCCCUGCCAGCCGAAUCUCGACCCUUGUCAUUCGCUGCCUUGAAGGCCAAAAAGGCCCCUCUCAAGAUUGCCACCAAGGUUGUCACAGUGAACUCAGCUGCAAAGCCAGCCGCAAAACCUGUCCCAACUGUCGCUUCCACCAAGCCUGCGUUCUCCCGCAAAAGUCUCAGCAAUGGACAUGCCCGCAUCACAAGCGCGCCGCGGAAGUCGAGCACCCCAGUUUCAGUGCAUUCCAGGCAGGGCAGUGGAGAGCCGACCGAACGAAUAAAGAAAGAAAGACAAAAUGGGACGAAGAGAGCAUCUCCUGCUGUGUCGACGCCGAGAUUAACAAGCUCCGAUGAUGAGAGCGAAGAAGAGGGCGACAAGCCUAGAAAGCGAAUCCGCCUCGAUCGCAAAGACAGCAUAGACGAGAAGCGCAAAGUUAGGGAUCUCGCAGCCUUCUCUCAGGAGGAUGGAAGCGGCUUUCACAUGGUGCAUGCGUUCGACAUCGCAAACAAUACCCUUACAGAACAUGGAAGAGACAAGUAUGAGGCAUUCUUCACAGCCUUGGAAGGGGAUGAGGAUGAGUGCCCCACGAUCGAGCUCCAGUACCCAACUUCUUUGCAGAGCGAGAAAUACCAGUUGGUCAAGCCUACCGACUCUUCUGAUUUCAAGCCGCUUGACGAAAUCGAAGCAACCAUGAAAAUCGUGGCAGAGUAUUACCUCGACAAUGAGUCCGCAGAAAAAGUCACCAGCGAUGAUGGAUCAGGACUUGUACAACAGCUUCAUCGACAAGCCCUCCUUGGAAUGAGAGGCCGAGUUGGAGCUCAGUCAAAAUAUGUCAAAGUGGUGGAGGCAUUCAACUCGUUGGUGGCUGACAAGCGCAAGGAUGGGACGAUCGCGAAGAAACUGGAUCAGAUGCGCCGCGUUGAUCUCAGGUUAGUCGAGCAUAUCAUCAAGAACCAGAUCUACGCUCGGACAGUGUCGCCCCAAGUCAAUCUGGUGAGACAUUAUGAAAGCUUUUCCGACAAUGUUUACGGCGAACUUCUACCCAAAUUUCUCAGCCGCAUAUUCAAGGAGACGAACCUCAAGUCCGAUCAGGUAUUUAUUGAUCUUGGAUCCGGUGUCGGUAAUUGUGUGCUUCAAGCCGCCCUGGAGACUGGAGCCGAGUCAUGGGGAUGUGAAGUCAUGGACAACCCCAAUAUUUUGGCCCAGCUCCAGGGCGACGAAUUCCCAGCUCGCUGCCGGCUCUGGGGCAUCAAGCCCGGCGAGGUCCACCUCAUUCACGGCAACUUCCUCACCAACGAACAAGUCCGGCAAGUCCUCAAGCGAGCAGACGUGGUCCUGGUGAACAACCAAGCCUUCACCGCCGAGUUGAACGACAAACUCAAGUACGUUUUCCUCGACCUCAAGGAAGGAUGCCACAUUGUCAGCCUGAAGCCCUUCCGGUCCCCAGCGCACAAGAUCAAGGAUUCCAAUGUCAAUGAUCCUGUCAAUGUGUUGACGGUUGUGGAGAAGGAACGGUGGAGUUCCAUGGUCAGCUGGUCAGACGAUCCGGGGAAAUGGUAUCACCACCGCAAAGACUCCCGGGAGCUGAACGCCUUUGUAGAGUGUAUGGGUGGAUCCGAAAACUGUUAG